CCGCACCAUACGAGCAGCCACUCCUGACAUCGGCCGUGUAAGCAAUUGUUGAGGGCAGUCUCCUCUGGACCCUCCCAUCCCCGGCCUCCACCGCCGCUGAGCGCAGCGUUACAUUGCCCCAGCGUUGACACGUUUCCGAGCGGCCACAUUGCGCGCCCACCUCCUUACCACGUCCGCCCCUUCGGUUCUGAUGCACCGCUUAUAGACGACUUCAAUUCCCUGGCCAGUCGCGGUCCGCCCUCUCUCCUAGCUCCCCGCCUACCAUGUCACGCUCGUUCCGCCGCUCGAAUCCCAUUACCAUCGUCCUCGCUGCCGUUCUCUGCAUCGGCUUCUUCGUCUUCUUCUUCUCCGGCAGCGAUGGGCCAGCAUUCACCAAGAAGACCGGCGCAGGGGAGACAGCCUCGAGUCCACUGUCGCCGCCCUCGCUGCCCUUCCGCAAAUCAAAGGGGAACGCUCCCCAGGCCGCGCCGCCCGUGGUGCACUACUACAUGAACAACAUCACAACCUCGCGCACGCCGAUGGAGAACGAAGAGUCCGUUUUGAUCCUCACGCCGCUGGCGCGCUUCUACGAGGGCUACUGGGACAAUCUGCUGAAGCUCAGCUACCCUCACAACCUGAUCUCUCUCGGUUUCAUAAUACCCAAGACGAAGGAGGGGAACGCCGCGUACGCCGCAUUGCAGGCGCAGGUCACCAAGACGCAGUCUGGCCCCAAGAGCAAGCGCUUCGCCGCCGUUUCGAUCCUGCGCCAGGACACCGAGAUUCCGCUACAGUCGCAAGACGAGGCCGAGCGACACAAGAUGGAGAACCAGAAGGCGCGCCGUGCAGCAAUGGCCAAGGCGCGCAACUCGCUGCUGUUCACGACCAUGGGCCCUGCCACUUCGUGGGUGCUCUGGAUGGACGCCGACGUCGUCGAGACCCCGCCCACGCUCAUCCAGGAUCUCGCCGCCUACGACGUGCCUAUCAUCGUCCCGAACUGCUUCCAGCGCUACUACAACGAGGACAAGAAGGCCAUGGACCAGCGUCCGUACGACUUCAACAACUGGAUCGACAGCCCGACCGCACGGGAACUGGGUGCCAAGAUGGGCAAGGACGAUAUCCUGCUCGAGGGCUACGCUGAGAUGGCGACGUACCGCAGCCUGAUGGCCUACAUGCACGACGCCUCGGCCGAUCCGGGCGCAAAGGUCAAGCUCGACGGUGUUGGCGGUGCGACGUUGCUGGUCAAGGCUGAGGUGCACCGUGAUGGGGCUAUGUUCCCUCCCUUCGCGUUCUACCACCUCAUCGAGACGGAGGGAUUUGCGAAGAUGGCCGCGAGAUUGAACUGGGAGAGCUACGGUCUGCCAAAUUACCUUGUGUACCACUACAAUGAGUAGACAUUCUAGAAGGACGGCUAUACGUUGCUGAGAGGGGAACUCCCGCUCCGGCGGUCAUUGGGCGGCGUUUAUACUGGACCAUGUUCGGCUUAUUAUGCGAUGAUGAGCGUUCGUCGUGCACUCCAUAUCACAUUCACAAUUUUCUCAAAACUUGCUGGCAGGUAUAUACCAGCAAUGAUAGAUCACGAAGCCG